AUGUGCGGGUUGGUUUUCCUUUGCUGUGCUUUGAUGUUCACUUCAGGAUUUCUUUUGGAUCAGGAGCCGCACCAAGGUCAAGGUCAGACAGACAUUGCCAUCUUGGAACAAAAGUUUCUUGGACUAGAAGAAAAGAACGUUUUACUUGUAGAUAAUUUGAAAAGAUUACAAAUACAGUAUGCUAGUUUAAGUUCGGCGCUAUUGAAUACAACUUCAGAACUCAAAAAUAUCCAAAAGAAAAACAUUCAGCAACUCCAAACGGUUGAUAGUUUACAACUGAAGCUGCAAACUAUGGAAACAUUGGUCAAUUCUUCACACAGUCAGGAACAGGCUCGGAAUCAGGAUGUUCUUGUCUUGCAGACCCAAAUGCAGGAAACUAAAACAAAGCUGUCGAACUCAUAUGCCAAUUUCACCAUCCAAAUGCAGACAACAAAUUCUAACCUCGAGAAACGCAAUAUGGAUCAGUUUCGUGCUUUGGAAGGACGUCUAUAUAAUGUGGAAAAGAGGCAAACUGACUCGCUUGUGUCGGUGAAACAAUCAGUUGGCCUUUUUGCAUGUGUUUCAUCUUUGUCCUCUCUUAGUCAACGUACAACUAUAAAAUACCAGAAAAUCAAGACAAGCGAAGGAAUCACCAAUCAGUAUUUAACCUCGUUCGAAUCUAGUGGUGUAUUUGUGUGUGAAGUUCCUGGUUUGUACCAUAUUUCUGUUGUUACAUUAUCAACUACCCAUCGCGCUUCUGUCGUGAUUUAUCUAAACAACGAACAACUAUUGCGCGGCCAUAUUAACGAUUAUAAUAGUGGGAAUGGAGUUAUGUAUGAUAUAGGUGUGGGAAUAGUAGUUACUAAAUUAAAGAGAGAUGAAACUAUUAGUAUAAAAACUGGACAUAUGGACAUGGACAUUGCUGCGGAUGAUUCUUGUCUCACAAUCGUAAAAGUAAGCUGACGCAUUAGACGAAGAAAAGAAAAAUUCUAUGUUAUGGCAUUCGAAACGUAUAUCGAUGAAAAUGUUAAA